GCGGGAGCGGCCAGCUUAGCUAGUCUUCUGGUAGAAGGCAGCCGUGUCCACUCGGUGCUGCUAACCCCCAUUGUCCCCUUCGCGUCCAUUCCCCCCCCACCACCACCACCUUGCUCCUGUUCAACCCCUGAGGCCCUGUCUCGCCGCCUAGCUGGUGGUCGCCGCCGAGUUACGAUGCGGUGCUUUCCUCGGCACGUUUGAUUUUCCACCCCACGCCGCAGCCCGCAGCCCGCAGCCCGAUGUACCUGCCGCCGACCUUUUGGGCUCUGUAGCGCAGAGCUGCAUGUAUGACCCAUGCCUUGUCGUUUUAUUUACCCUGUCCCAUGGGCUCUGUUGGGGCAGGAUGUUUGCACUUGAGGGAGCAGUAAUGGCAACUUGGGGUCCAUUUUCUCCGACGAGCUUUGUAUAAUGGGGGAAACUGAGGCACGGGGGUCUCUGGCCUGUUGUUGAAGUGUUGACAAAGACCAGUGUCCUAUGCAUUCUUGCCCUAUGCGUUCUCGAAGGUUCAAGAGUGUACCUAUACUACUACUAAAAUCAAAACAAGAAUUUAAACUAACCCUGUGUUACACUCCGCCCCCCCCCGAUAUAUUUUUUCUUUCUCAUCACCAUAGAAAGCCAUGAGUUUGUCCUGAAACAUAAAGGAUGACUUUUUGAUGUAAGAAAGUAAUCUCCCAGUUCCUUUACUUGGAUUACCCUGUUUUUCAGCUCAUUUUCAUACUAGCGUAACCAAGAUUGUCAUACUCCCUUGUAGUAUCUAUAGAGUCUACUUUCUUCAGUCAGUGCUUAUCAAAAGUUUUUCAUUAGUGGGAUGCACACUGAUAGUAAAAGAUACUUGGAUUGCCCAAUAUAAUAUUGCUUUUUUCUCUCACAUGCAAACACUUCCUCACAACUUCUAAAACUAAUGAAGAAUGCCAUAAAGUGAUUUAAAAACAGGAUAUUGUUGAUACUAUGGCAAAAAAAAAAAAAUGCGUUAGGUAAGGUAAGUAUCUGGAUCGUUUGAAAGAUUCUCACAGAUUAGUCUACUGUAAAUUACGGCAUUUCUGCCAAAAGUUGAAAAGCUUUGUGCAGACCCCUAGAUAUUUGUAUAAAUAUGGUGAUUCCUGAGGAUCGAUGUCUAUUGGGAACUACUUAACUGCAUACAAUGGCUGUAUUAAUGCCCUACUUUAGAAUACUCUUAGGUGUUUUCUCCUGGAGCCCAACUUUGUGUUUCUUUUCUGGAACAACUCUGUUGUGUUGACCUUUUGAGGGGGAAAGACAUUUGUUUUAAGAAUUUGGAACUUGUAGCCUGUAAUUUGUUUCUGAAUGCACAGAGCAUGAUGGCCGCGUCUGAAGUAGCUGGCGUCGUGGCCAAUGCCCCCAGUCCUCCGGAAUCCUCUUCCAGUUUAUGUGCUUCCAAAUCAGAGGAAGAUCUCCUAGAUGGUCUAAGCCCCAAAGACCCUGCACAGAAGCACAAGAACUCACCUCUGUCGAGUGUAAGUAGCCAAACGAUAACCAAGGAGAAUAACAGAAAUGUCCAUUUGGAACAACCAGAGCAGAAUCCUGGUCCGUCAGCAGGUGACACUUCAGCAGCGCACCGGGCGGUUUUAGCAGAAAACUUGAUAGCCACAACCCUUUGUCUUUCUGGCGGUGGGUCUCAGUCUGAUUUGAAGGACGUGGCCAACACAGCAGGAGAGGAGGGGGACACAUGCCUCCAGGAGAGCCUCCAUCCUGUCACUCGGUCUCUUAAGGCAGGGUGCCAUACAAAGCAGCUUGCCUCCGGGAAUUGCUCUGAAGAGAAAUCCCCACAAGCGUCCAUCCUAAAGGAAGGUAGCAGGGACACAGGCUUGGAUUUCCGACCUGUAGUACCUCCAGCAAAUGGGGUUGAAGGAGUCAGAGUGGAUCAGGAUGAUGAUCAGGAUAGCUCUUCCCUGAAGCUUUCUCAGAACAUUGCUGUACAGACUGACUUUAAGACAGCUGAUUCAGAGGUAAACACAGAUCAAGAUAUUGAAAAGAAUCUGGAUAAAAUGAUGACAGAGAGAACUCUGUUGAAGGAACGUUAUCAGGAGGUUUUGGAUAAGCAGAGGCAAGUAGAGAAUCAGCUUCAAGUGCAAUUAAAGCAACUUCAACAAAGGAGAGAAGAGGAAAUGAAGAAUCACCAGGAGAUAUUAAAGGCUAUCCAGGAUGUAACAAUAAAGCGAGAAGAAACAAAGAAGAAGAUAGAGAAAGAAAAGAAGGAGUUUUUGCAGAAGGAACAGGAUCUGAAAGCUGAAAUUGAGAAACUUUGUGAGAAGGGCAGAAGAGAGGUGUGGGAGAUGGAGCUGGAUAGACUCAAGAAUCAGGAUGGUGAAAUAAAUCGGAACAUUAUGGAAGAGACAGAACGGGCCUGGAAGGCAGAGAUCUUAUCACUAGAGAGCCGGAAGGAGUUGCUGGUACUGAAGCUAGAAGAAGCAGAAAAAGAGGCAGAAUUGCACCUUACUUACCUCAAGUCAACUCCCCCAACACUAGAGACAGUUCGUUCCAAACAGGAGUGGGAGACAAGACUAAAUGGAGUUCGGAUGAUGAAAAAGAAUGUUCGGGACCAAUUUAAUAGUCAUAUCCAGCUAGUGAGGAAUGGAGCCAAGCUGAGCAGCCUUCCUCAAAUCCCUACUCCCACUUUACCUCCACCCCCAUCAGAGACAGACUUCAUGCUUCAGGUGUUUCAACCCAGUCCCUCUCUGGCUCCUCGGAUGCCCUUCUCCAUUGGGCAGGUCACAAUGCCCAUGGUUAUGCCCAGUGCAGAUCCCCGUUCCUUGUCUUUCCCAAUCCUGAACCCUGCCCUUUCACAGCCCAACCAGCCUUCCCCACCCCUUCCUGGCUCCCAUGGGAGAAGUAGCCCUGGCUUGGGUUCCCUUGUUGGCCCCCAUGGUCCACACAUCCCUCCUGCCGCCUCCAUCCCGCCUCCCCCAGGCUUGGGCGGUGUUAAGGCUUCUACUGAAACUCCCCGGCCCCAACCAGUAGAUAAACUGGAGAAGAUCCUGGAAAAGCUGCUGACUCGGUUCCCACAAUGCAAUAAGGCCCAGAUGACCAACAUUCUUCAGCAAAUCAAGACAGCACGUACUACCAUGGCAGGCCUGACCAUGGAGGAACUGAUCCAGUUGGUCGCUGCACGACUGGCAGAACAUGAGCGAGUGGCAGCAAGUACUCAGCCACUUGGUCGGAUCCGGGCCUUGUUCCCUGCUCCAUUGGCUCAAAUCAGUACCCCAAUGUUCUUGCCUUCUGCCCAAGUUUCAUAUCCUGGAAGAUCUUCACAUGCUCCAGCCGCCUGUAAGCUGUGUCUUAUGUGCCAGAAACUUGUUCAGCCCAGUGAGCUGCAUCCAAUGGCAUGUUCCCAUGUGUUGCAUAAAGAGUGUAUCAAAUUCUGGGCCCAGACCAACACAAAUGACACUUGUCCCUUUUGUCCAACUCUUAAAUGACGGACCUGACUGGGGAGGAAGAAGAGGAGAAACUUGAUGUGAACAGGAAGCGCGGGUUCAGAUUUCUAAAACUCUAUAUUUAUACAGUGACAUAUACUCAUGCCAUGUACAUUUUUAUUAUAUAGAUAAUGUGUGUAUAGAAAGUCUGUAUUCAAAUGUUCGUAAAUGAAAGUAUGUAUAUUAUGCAGAAAUGGUCUGUCCCCUUCAUCUUGCAAUUCGUUUGGGGGAUACAGAGUGUAGCUAAGAUGAUGUUUAGUUUGAUCUUGCAAUUAUGAUCUUCCUGCCUAGGGCUGUUUUCAAAUACAAUAUAAAAACCAUCUAGGAAGCUGCUGUUGCUCUAAGGCCAUCCUGCUUUGAUUUGGCUCAACUGCAAGUCCAUUUUCUUAAGGCUCAUGUAUGCAGAUUUGAAUUCUGGUGCUUACCUGCUGUCCAACCAGAUGCCUUGCUUACUGAAAGCCUCCAGAAUCCUUGGUGUUGUGGUAGCGACUCUACUCCAAAUGGAUAAAGUGAGACUGAUUGGGGGCAGGGGGGAUGUAACCCUAAUAGUUUGACUUUUCAUUGAGUA